UUGUACGUGUACUCGCAGUGGAUCGCUGCAGCAAGAGUACUCGUAGUAUGCAGAGGGAGCCUGUGGUGUCUACAUAGACAGUCCAAGCUCUCAGCCGUUGUGAAUCGUGACGCUAUUGAUGGCGACACUUGCAAUCCAGUUCAACUGAGGAAGACCAUCCUCGGCCAGUUCAACGUGACGUCAUCAGGAGGACGUCACACAACUAUCGUCGUAACGCCACGGGAGGCGCUACAUUCGAGUCAAACAGGAAAGUGUUAA